AUGGCAACUACUACCACCGCAGGAUCGCGAGACUCGCCCUCACCGCCUAUUUCCAACGAUGAGGCCCUUCGUCGACUCGGCAUGAAGCAAGGCUCCUCUUCUUCCUCCUCCUCGUCUCCGUCAUCGUUCAGUGCAGGAUACAAGAUGGCACCCGGCGCAUUGACCUCUUCGUUCGGUUUCGGAGACUAUGCGCGAUUCUUCGCCUCCGGUGCGCUAUGUGCCACUAUCACUCACGGUGCCAUGACACCCAUCGAUGUCGUCAAGACUCGAAUCCAGCUCGAACCAAAGGGCUCAAAAGAGACUAUGCUUUCCAUGGGCCGUAAGAUCGUCGCCUCCGAAGGUCCAGCUGGUCUUCUCACUGGCUUCGGCCCCACUGCUGUCGGUUACCUGAUUCAAGGUGGUGCCAAGUUUGCUGGCUACGAGUUCUUCAAGAAGAAGGGUGUUGAUCUUGCCGGCAGCCACGAAACCGCUCAACAGUACCGUCAAGUCAUCUACCUCGGUGGUGCCGCUGCUGCUGAAGUCAUUGCGACCACUCUCCUGACACCUCUCGAGGCAGCACGUAUCCGCAUGGUCUCCGAACGAGGUUACGCCAAGGGUCUUGUCUCAGCCGUCACUCGUAUGGGUGCUGAGGAGGGUCUCCGAGGCUUCUAUGCUGGUUACGCUCCCAUCCUCUGCAAACAGGUUCCUUACGCCAUCGGCCAGUUCGUUACUAACGAAUGGGCUCACACCGUUGCUGACUCCACCAUCUCUAAGGAGGACCGCGCUAAGUACGGCAAGGCCGGUGAAGUCACCAUCCAGCUUGGAUGUGGUAUGAUUGCUGGUGUUGCAGCUGCUGUCCUAUCUCAUCCCGCCGAUACUCUUCUCAGCAAGAUCAACAAGGGCGGAGGAGGACAGGGUUCCGCAAUGACCAAGCUCAUCCGUCUUGCAGGCGAGACCGGUCCCGUUGGUAUCUGGGCUGGUCUCGGCACCAGGGUACUUAUGACAGCGUUCCUAGUCAGUGGUCAGUUCCUUCUCUACGCUCAAGUCGGUCAGCUGCUUGGCAAGCCGCCUGGUAUCGAGAUCCGCUCCGAUGCCGAAAAGAAGCAAUGA